UAGGGGGCGUUUUCGUCUCAUAAUAAAGUAUUGAAAUAUGACUGAUUGUCAAACAAUCGGUCAACAUGGAAUAAAUGUUAUUUAGAGACCGGUCAAUAAAUGUACCGGUGAUUAAUUACCCCAAAAGAAAAGGAGGAAAGAAAAGGAAAAUUAACAUGCAGUCCCUGAGUCAUGUCUGGCGUGGACCUCAAAUCCAUGUAAUCCAGCAAAUCCUGUCCGAAUCAAAAUGGAUCGCGGUGGAUGAUACCACCCAUAUACAGCCAAUAUCCUUGACGCCUUCCAGAAGCCAUCUCUCCUCCUCCUAUAUAACUAGUACGCCGGUAUUGUAUUUGCUCGUUGAAUCUCCCACAGCCAGCACACGGUCGGCCCUCGCAGAAACUCCUCCAAGAUCUCUUGCGUUCCCUCCCCUCUCCCCCAGCUCUCCAACGACUCGAAGCAUGCCUUCGCUUUCCGACGUACUCCUCGACCAGGCUCACCACUUGGAGUUCGAGUCCGUCCACGAGCUCCCCGAGUCGCACGCGUGGCCCACCCUCCAUGACCACCCUUGCGUGUCCGAGCCCGUGCCGGUCAUCGACAUGGCCGACCCCAAGGCUGCCGAAUUCAUGGCCCGCGCAUGCGUGUCGUGGGGCGCGUUCCAGGUCACAGGCCAUGGCGUCGCCCCGCGCCUUCUGGAGUCUAUCGAUUCCGAGAUGCGCCGCCUCUUCGCGCUCCCGACCCAGCAGAAGCUCAAGGCAGCCCGCCCCGCCGACGGCGUCUCCGGCUAUGGCCUCGUCCCCAUCUCCUCCUUCUUCGCCAAGCUCAUGUGGUCGGAGGGCUUCACCAUCGCGGGCUCCCCGCUGGACCACGCUCGCAAGCUCUGGCCCCAUGACCCGGACCAAUUCUGUGAUGCGAUAGAACGAUACGAUCGGGAGAUGAAGGCUCUCGCCGGGAGGUUGAUAAGGCUGAUGCUUCUGUCGCUGGGCCUCAGCGAUGAGGAGGUCGAGUGGGCCGGCCAAGGUGGGGAACUGCCGCCGGACUUGGCCGGCGUCCUCCGGUUGAACUCGUAUCCGGCGUGCCCGGACCCCGACCGAGCCAUGGGCAUGGCUGCCCACGCCGACUCGAGCCUGGUUACGAUUCUGUACCAGAGCAGCACGAGCGGGCUCCAGGUGCUGCGGGCCGAGGACCAGAACAGCCCGGCCCGGUGGGUGACGGUGCCGCCACUGCCGGGGGCUCUGGUCGUGAUCGUCGGAGAUUUAUUUCACAUACUAUCCAAUGGGCGGUUUAAGAGUGUCGUCCACCGGGUCGUCGUGAACCGGAGCCAGCAACGUGUCUCUGCGGCGUACUUCUGCGGCCCACCGGCCGGUGUCACGGUGUCACCGAUUGAAAAGCUGGUGGGCCCUGGGCGGGCCCCUGCCUACCGGGCUGUUACGUGGGCCGAGUACUUGGGCCUCAAGAGGGAGCUCUUCGACAAGGCGCUGGCGACCAUAGAAGUGCCACAGGAAUCAUAGGAGGGUCGUAGCAAUAAAGUUUUAUUCUGCAAUGGUUGUGGCUCUUUUAAGGAACAACCGUAUGUGUGAUUGACUAUGAAGAAUAAAUAAAAGCUCUCUUACCGUAAUGACUUUUUUUU